CAAGGCGGUCUGCUGUCAUCAUUCUAGAUACCAGUCGCUGGUUGGUGUGCAGAUGUCAUGGUUUCGGUUACUGCUGAAGCCGCGGAUUGCACACUUCUGACGAUUCUCCACAAUACGAAAUAGCUGUCGAGAGAUUUCACCCAUUGACUCUCAGCGUUUCUGAUUUUUCUUAUCUGUAAAUCAUUGUAACAACUCUUCCACUUGAUCCGUGCUUUCUGGACUGGAUCCAACUGACAUGUGUUACUUCACAGGGCAUACACGUCUGCUAGCUCCUCUGUCUGUGAUGUUUACACCUUUCGUUUUGUCUCUUUUUCAGUCUCUCAUACCUACCUUCUUCUCUUUGGGCCAGCUUACCCCGGCAAAGGCUCUUACGACCCGCUUUAUAUGGACCUCGACAUCCGUUGGCCAUGGGGCAUUGCGAUUUGUUGCUCCCCAGACGCGCUUGAGGGUAGUGGAUAACAGUCCCUGGAGUAGCAUCGCACCACGCGUCGCGGACCCGAGGAAACGAACCCCACAAACGGUCGGCCACAAAACUAUCCCCACCUCCGGUUUGGACUUGGGUACUGUUCUAAAUUCGGGGAGCAGAACAUUGGCCAUGAAACCCGCGCUGUGCAUUCGAGUGUGCAAUUCAACCAACAGGGGUAGGAUAGGCGAUAAGGUCGUUGUGGCAGUGGGUGGGGUGAAGAAAAGAGGAUGGAUUGUUGGGACCAGACAACCAUCACGCGACGGAUGGCCCCGUUUUGAGUCAAACAAUAUCGUGCUGGUGGAUGACGAUGGCAACCCCCUAGGCACUCGGAUUCUCGUCCCCAUUCCCUCCCGACUUCGAAGUCUUCCUGGUGAUAUUUCCAAGAUAUUGUCCAUAGCGACUACACUUGUCUGAUGAACUUACCCGAGGUGAUGGCACGCCGCUUUCACACACACCUCAUUUCUUUCCAACCUUUUUCGUUCGAUAUUAAUGAAGAAGAAUUGGGAAAUAAAAUAAUUUUAUAAAAAUGUACCCGUCACACGUAUCGCUGUAUCCGAAUUUUACAUGGAGGCUUGCAGGCCGCAAUAAUGUCUUUUACAAAUUCUUUUCUGUAAAAGAAGGGGCAAAACAACAUUGCAUAGCAUCGUGUUAUUCCGUUGAGAUUGCAUGUACAUCAG